AUGUCUGCUGAAGUUGCUACCACCCCCGCUAUCGACAACGCUAACGGCGCUGCCGACUCCAACGGCACCACUGUCAACACCAACGUUGCCCCUGACACCGCGUCCAGCGAUGCCGCUACCACUCCCAACCCCAACCAGCCUCAUUCCGCCUCUCUCUACGUUGGUGAACUUGACCCCUCCGUGACCGAGGCCAUGCUCUUCGAGCUUUUCUCCUCCAUCGGACAGGUCGCUUCCAUUCGAGUCUGCCGUGACGCUGUUACCCGUCGCUCCCUCGGAUAUGCCUACGUCAACUACAACAAUACGGCUGAUGGCGAGCGCGCCCUUGAGGAUUUGAACUACACUCUUAUCAAGGGUCGUCCCUGCCGUAUCAUGUGGUCUCAGCGUGACCCCGCUUUGCGCAAGACUGGCCAGGGUAACGUUUUCAUCAAGAACUUGGAUACCGCCAUCGACAACAAAGCUUUGCACGACACCUUUGCCGCCUUUGGUAACAUUCUCAGCUGCAAGGUCGCUCAGGAUGAGUUCGGUAACUCCAAGGGAUACGGUUUCGUUCACUACGAGACUGCCGAGGCUGCCAACAACGCCAUCAAGCACGUCAACGGUAUGUUGCUUAACGACAAGAAGGUGUUCGUCGGUCACCACAUCUCCAAGAAGGACCGCCAGAGCAAGUUCGAGGAAAUGAAGGCCAACUUCACCAACGUCUAUGUCAAGAACAUCGACCCUGAGGUUACUGACGAGGAGUUCCGUGAUCUCUUUGGCAAGUUCGGUGAUAUUACCUCUGCUACCAUCAGCCGUGACGACAGUGGAAAGAGCCGUGGUUUCGGGUUCGUCAAUUACGUCGACCAUGAGAAUGCCCAGACCGCUGUCGAUGACUUGAACGACAAGGACUUCCACGGCCAGAAGCUCUACGUCGGCCGUGCCCAGAAGAAGCAUGAGCGCGAGGAGGAACUCCGCCGCCAAUACGAGGCCGCUCGUCUUGAGAAGGCUUCUAAGUACCAGGGUGUCAACCUUUACGUCAAGAACCUCACAGAUGAUGUCGAUGACGAGAAGCUGCGCGAGCUUUUCAGCGCAUUCGGUACCAUCACUUCUGCUAAGGUCAUGCGUGAUACUGUUGGCGCUGGUUCUGACUCUGAGAAGGAAGAGGGCAAGGAAUCUUCUGAGAAAGAGGGUGAGGAGGCCAAGGAGGAAGAAACCAACGACAAGACCGAAGACGAGGAGAAGUCUGAAGGCAAGAAGUCUGACAAGAAGCUCUUCGGAAAGAGCAAGGGUUUCGGUUUCGUUUGCUUCUCGAGCCCCGACGAAGCCUCCAAGGCUGUCACUGAGAUGAACCAGAGAAUGGUCAACGGCAAGCCCCUUUACGUUGCUCUCGCCCAGCGCAAGGAUGUUCGCAAGAGUCAGCUUGAAGCAAGCAUCCAGGCUCGUAACACCAUUAGACAGCAGCAGGCCGCUGCUGCCGCUGGCAUGCCUCAACCUUACAUGCAGCCCGCUGUCUUCUAUGGACCUGGCCAACAAGGUUUCCUCCCUGGCAACGCUGGCCAGCGUGGAAUGGCUUUCGCUCCCCAACCUGGUAUGGUGAUGGCUGGUAUCCCCGGUGGACGACCAGGCCAGUACCCUGGCGGUUUCCCUCAACAAGGUGGUCGUGGUAUUGGUGGACCCAACCAGCAAAUUCCUCAGAACUUCGGCCAAGGCAUCCCUAUUGGAGCCAUGCAGGCUGGUCCUGGAGGCAUUCCUAACGGCAUGGCCUACCCUCAGAUGGCACAGGUUCAGUUCGGUCGCGGUGCUGGCGGUCGUGGACAAGUCCCUCAAGGCAUUCCUCCCAACGUUGGUGGCCCUCGUGGUGGACCUGGCUUUGGCCAGGGUCGCGGCGGUAUGCCUCCGCGACCUGGACCUGGAGGUCGUGGUCAGAAUGUCCCGGCUGGAGCCCCUGCUGCCCCAGAAGGAACCCCUGGCUCUCUCACCCUACAAGCCUUGACCGCAGCUCCUCCUCAACAACAGAAGCAGAUGCUCGGUGAGGCAUUGUACCCUAAGAUCCAGGCUCAGCAGCCUGAGCUUGCUGGCAAGAUCACUGGUAUGCUGCUUGAGAUGGACAACGCUGAACUUCUUGGCCUCAUCGAUGAUGAGUCUGCUCUACGCGCUAAGGUUGACGAAGCUCUCCACGUUUAUGACGAAUACAUGAAGAACAAGGGUACCGAUGAGCCCGCUGACGCAAAGCCCAAGGAAGCUGCCAAAGAGGCCUCCGAGGAGAACAAAUCAUAA